AUGCACACCGACCCCUGGUCCCUGCAACCCAGCCGGUCCCGGCUACUGGCUCUCUGCCUGGCGGUCGCCUGCGCCACCUGCUACCUGGCCGCGCACCUGCUAACCCUAACCCAGCAGCAGCCGCCGUCCACGUCCAUCUUCUUCAUCUCGGGCGUGGCCCCUCCCCCGAGCCCGCCGGUGGGGGCCCAUCAAGAACCCCACCAACCACAGCAGCGGGGGCUUCAGUCUCACCAGGAACCACGGCCACGGUCUCCUGGCUCCCCGUCGACGUCCAGAAUCGUCCGCUUUCCUAAGACCCGAAGACGUCUACCGCAGUGCGUCAUCAUCGGCGCUCGCAAGUGCGGUACCCGGGCGCUCCUGGAGUUCCUCAACAUCCAUCCGGGAGUCCGGAAGGCGCCGGACGAAGUGCAUUUCUUCGACGACGAUUCCAAGUACGCCAUGGGGAUAGAAUGGUACCGUCGCCGCAUGCCUUACUCCUUCCCACAUCAGCUGACGGUGGAAAAAUCGCCUGCUUAUUUCGUCACCGAAGCGGCUCCAGGACGGGUGUGGGCCAUGAACGCGUCCAUUCUGCUCCUUCUCAUCGUCAGAGACCCCGUGGUGCGCCUGGUGUCCGACUAUGCCCAGCUGGCGGCCAACCGGCAGCUGAGGGACAAGGCGAGACCUCAGCUGCCCUUCGAGCAAGUGGUCCUCUUGCCGGACGGUUCGGUGAACACCGAGUACAGACCGGUGAGGACGAGCAUGUACGCCGUGUACUUCAGGCGGUGGCUGUCCCACUUCCAAAGGCAGCAGAUGCACGUCAUCGACGGCGAUCGACUAGUCAAGGAACCUUACGAGGAGAUGCGCCGCGUCGAGACCUUCCUGAGACUUCCGCACAAGAUUCCCAAGUCUUCGUUUUACUUUAACAGGACGAAAGGCUUCUACUGUGUGCGGAACGACACGGUGGACAAGUGUCUCAACGACAGCAAGGGCAGGAAGCAUCCUGACGUGCCCGGUUCUGUGGUCAGUCGGUUGAGACAGUUCUAUGCGCCCUUCAAUCGUGAGUUUUACCAGAUGGUUGGGAAGGACUUUGGCUGGCCCGAGGAGUGA